GAUGGCAAAAUCAUGCAACUUUAUCCAUGGAGGUAGAAUUGUGAAUCGCACGCUGCGAAAUGGCUAAUUUUGGUGCUGAUGGUGAUACAAGGGGGCGGGGGAAAAUAUCUAAGAAGAAGAAAAAGAUUCAGGUUUCUGAAGGAUCGGGAGAGCAAGCUGACACGGGAUGUGAACUCAUGGCAGUCCACGUCCCUUCAAAGUCACCGUCGACACCUCUACAGGGAAGCGCCAGGAUUAUCAAAGACCACAGCGCCGACUGGCACAACUACAUUGAUAAGUGGGACGGGUUGAACGACAAGGGCUUGGCGGUGGUGAACAGGAUAGUGACCGCCAAACUACAGGCCCAGGAGUCCUCAGAAGUUGCUUUUAUGACAGAUAAGGUCACAAAUAUGGAGACUGAUUCCCAAGGCACUACAACGACACACAUGCCAGAUGGAAUGGAGGAACUCUGCGCUGAACUGACUGGCAUCUACUAUAAAAUGGAGAAACUUGUGAAUAAGAUGGCCGCCAUCACUAAACAUCUACAAGGUGUCAGUGAAAUGGAGAAAAGUCUUUCCAGGAGUGACGAAGAUGAACAGCCAAUCUUCCAAACAUGGCCAGUCCACCUCUUCUGGGAAACAUCUUCCCGUCUAGGGGAUAUGUACAGCAAGGAACUGUCUCUCAAGAAGGCCAUCCUAGGGGAUGUAGCUCAUGCUAGCAGCCGCGACGUGCUCAUGACUUACACCUCUGCCUGGCUGCAUCAGCCGUACAUAGACAACGAUGCGACAAUCCUUCUGGAGAGCAUGCUAGGGGAAACAGGCCACAGGUGACAGGGUCUACUGUGGACAGAGUUUAUAACAUGUAGAUUGUACUGGGAGACCACUCACAAGAGCAGUGUACGGGACACACUUUAUCGGUGCACUGGUUUGCAUGAAUAUUAUGCAAAGUAUGCACCAUGGUGGCCGCAUGAGGUCGCUGUUCGCGCUGUAUUUUUACAUGCACUGUGAAGCGAUCAGUCAGCGCCCGGCUGACGAACGCCUUGACCAAGGCUAUUGACCGUCAUAUGUUGGAGUUGGUCCUGCAGUCCCUUGGCCAUCAGAGUUAAGCCUACCGGAUUGCUGGGAAGAUUACACUUGCAUUGUUUGAACAGUAGCUUCCUGCUGCAAGGAUUGUUAACCUCUUAGCAAAAUUUGCUUAGUGAAAAAAAAAAAAAAAUCAGAGCAGAUCUGUUGAAUGGAAAGAAGCAUUGUAGUGCCUGUUUAUAGGGCUAAUGGGCUUGGUGCAUAAACAAGAGAGGGCACGCAAGAGAGGGCACGCAUAUUAAAAUUUGUAUCCUUGUGGAGACAUUUCUUUGUUCUCGUGUAGUAAAGUUUUCGAGUUUGAAA